AUGGAGCGUGAGAAGCACUAUGCUGUUUGUGGGUCUUACGUGGGGAUGGACUUCAGUUCGCUGAACUGGCAGAUCGUGGAUGGCCGCUUUGAGGUUCAGAAGACAUACAGUGACGAGGCGGAGAUGGAGUGCUCCAACACCAAGCCCAGUGUUACGUACCUGACUGCGGUGCGGCGCAAUGACACAGGCUGUGGCACUUGGUGCUCCCGGUAUCUUCCCUGGGAGGAAGGGGAAUCCUAUGAUCUAGAGCUGACACGCUCCAUCGAGCGGGUGAACCUAGCAGCGACCAUCCAAGACGACUGCCUGAACAAAUUGGACAUUCUCGGCGAGCUUUUGUCGCGAAACCUGACGGAGGAGGCACGUAAGCUCUUCGAGGUGUCCGAAGAUGAUCUUGAUGAUGAUCUCGAUGCAAAUCGUCUCCACAAGGGAAAGACAUAUCUGCAGGUUGCCAUCGAGAGAGGCAACCAGCAAAACAUGGAGCUGCUGCUGAAACAUUUUGCAAACGUGGAGCUCCAGAACGAAGACGGGAACACAGCCCUAGUCACUGCGGGACGGCUGUGCCAGGUGCACACUCUGAGAGAGCUGCUGGACAACGGAGCCAAUGCCUCCAGGGAGAACAAGAACGAAUAUGUCUCUCCAGGCUGUGCAAUUACUGUCUUGUCCUCCGUCCUCACCGACUACGACGAGAGCGUUUGCAAGGGGCAGGUGCCGGAGGUUGUGAAGAUGCUGACCGACAUCGGCGGAGCGGUCUUCAACACCAGCAGUUGCGACUACAGAGGGUAUAUCAUGCACAAGGCAAUCGAGCAGAUGCGGCUGCCGGCCAUGGAAGCCGUGUUGCAAGCGGGGUAUUCUCCAGAUGAGAAACUCAGGACGAAGUCCACGCCGAUGAAGCAAUUGUUCCUGUACCGCAACGGCGAGGAUAAUAAAGUGAGGUUCCUCCGGGCUGUGCAACUCUUGGCAAAGUACGGCGCCGAUGUCAACACCGACGUUUUUCAUGGCAAGACACCCGCGGCUCUUUCUGCCGAGUGGUGCGAUGGGCCGCUUCUGCAGGAGCUGCUGGAGGCCAAAGCAAAUCCUCACACAGCAGAUAAUGAUGGGAAGGAUGCGCUGGACCUCGCUAAGGAGAAGAACUGCUCCGCAGUGAUCCAUUUGCUCUCAAAGCAGUAA